AUGGCUGCCAACAUCUCCAUUCAACCAUCCUCCAUGAAGGACGUGACCAAGAUGGAGCGCAUCGGCGCGCACUCGCACAUCCACGGUCUGGGUCUCGACGCCAACCUCGAGCCGCGCGACUCAGCGCAUGGCAUGGUCGGGCAGGGCAAGGCGCGUAAGGCCGCCGGUGUCAUCCUCAAGAUGGUGCAGGAGGGCCGAAUUGCGGGACGCGCCAUCCUGAUCGCCGGCCCGCCGAGUACGGGCAAGACCGCGAUCGCGAUGGGCAUGGCACAGACACUCGGCGCGGAUGUGCCGUUCGUCAACCUCACCGCAUCCGAGGUGUUCAGUCUCGAGAUGAGCACGACCGAGGCGCUCACGCAGGCGUUCCGCCGCGCCAUCGGCGUACGCAUCAAGGAGGAAACCGAGUUGAUCGAGGGCGAGGUCGUCGAGAUCCAGGUCGACAGGAGUGUCACUGGUGCAACCAAGACGGGGCGCUUGACACUCAAGACGACUGACAUGGAGACGGUGUACGACCUCGGCUCUAAGAUGAUCGACCAGUUGCAAAAGGAGAAGGUGCUCGCGGGCGACGUCGUCAGCAUCGACAAGGCGAGCGGGAGGAUAUCCAAGCUCGGACGGAGCUUUGGGCGGGCAAAGGACUACGACGCUAUGGGUGCCGACACCAAGUUCGUUGCGUGUCCUGAUGGCGAGCUGCAGACUCGCAAGGAGGUGGUGCACACCGUGUCACUACACGAGAUUGACGUGAUCAACUCACGGACGCAGGGAUUCCUGGCACUCUUCGCAGGCGACACGGGCGAGAUCAAGCCCGAGCUGCGCGACCAGAUCAACGCCAAGGUCGGCGAGUGGCGCGAGGAGGGCAAGGCCGAGAUUGUCCCUGGUGUUCUCUUCAUCGACGAGGUGCACAUGCUGGACAUUGAGUGCUUCUCGUUCCUGAACCGUGCGCUCGAAGGCGAGCUGGCCCCUCUCGUCGUCAUGGCGAGCAACCGCGGCAUCACCCGUAUCCGUGGAACCAAGUACAAGAGCCCUCACGGCAUCCCGGCCGACCUCCUCGACCGCACUCUUAUCAUCAGCACGGGCAAGUAUGCCGAAAGCGAGAUCCGCGAGAUUGUCAAGAUCCGCGCAGAGGAGGAGGACGUGCGGCUGUCGCUGGACGGCCUUGAGCUCCUGGCCAAGAUGGGUGGCGACACGUCGUUGCGCUACGCGCUCAACCUCAUUGCUCCGAGCCAGCUCGUCGCCCAGCGACGCAAGAGCACACAGGUCGACGUCGACGACAUUCGCACGGCCUACCGCUACUUCCUGGAUGUGGACCGCAGCGCGGUGUACGCCCGCGAGACGAACGGCAUGAUGUUUGGCGAGGAGGAGGAGGACACAGACAAGAAGGACAUGAUGGCGAUGGACACGAGUGCGUAG